UCACAGUGUCAACAUGCAAGAUGGCGGCGCAUCACCGGCAGAACACGGCGGGGCGGCGGAAAGUGCAGGUCUCCUAUGUGAUUAGAGAUGAGGUGGAGAAGUAUAACCGAAAUGGGGUAAAUGCGCUUCAGCUGGAUCCAGCAUUAAAUAGACUCUUCACAGCAGGCCGAGACUCUAUUAUAAGGAUAUGGAGUGUCAAUCAGCACAAGCAAGACCCUUAUAUUGCAUCUAUGGAACAUCACACAGAUUGGGUAAAUGAUAUUGUACUCUGCUGCAAUGGUAAAACAUUGAUAUCUGCUUCUUCAGAUACUACUGUGAAAGUGUGGAACGCACAUAAAGGAUUUUGCAUGUCAACACUAAGGACACAUAAGGAUUAUGUGAAAGCCUUAGCAUAUGCAAAAGAUAAAGAACUGGUAGCAUCUGCCGGGCUGGACAGACAAAUAUUCCUCUGGGAUGUAAAUACUCUAACAGCACUGACUGCCUCAAACAACACUGUCACAACUUCUUCCCUGAGUGGGAACAAAGAUUCCAUCUAUAGCCUUGCAAUGAAUCAAAUGGGAACAGUUAUUGUAUCGGGGUCCACUGAGAAGGUUCUCAGGGUGUGGGAUCCAAGAACUUGUGCAAAACUAAUGAAACUCAAAGGGCACACAGACAACGUAAAAGCUUUGCUGUUGAACAGAGAUGGUACCCAGUGUCUUUCAGGCAGUUCUGAUGGGACUAUUCGUCUGUGGUCCCUUGGGCAGCAGAGAUGUAUAGCCACAUAUCGAGUCCAUGAUGAAGGUGUUUGGGCUCUGCAGGUCAAUGAAGCAUUCACUCAUGUUUAUUCAGGAGGAAGAGACAGGAAGAUCUAUUGUACAGAUUUACGGAAUCCUGAUAUUCGUGUGCUUAUCUGUGAAGAAAAGGCACCAGUUCUUAAGAUGGAACUUGAUAGAUCAGCUGAUCCUCCUCCAGCAAUUUGGGUUGCAACAACUAAAUCCUCUGUGAAUAAAUGGACUUUGAAGGGAAUUCAUAAUUUUAGAGCAUCUGGGGACUAUGAUAAUGAUUGUACCAAUCCUAUACCACCCCUAUGUACACAGCCUGACCAAGUUAUAAAAGGGGGUGCUAGUAUCAUUCAGUGCCACAUUCUUAAUGACAAGAGACACAUAUUAACCAAAGACACAAAUAAUAAUGUGGCAUACUGGGAUGUCUUAAAAGCAUGUAAAGUUGAAGACCUUGGGAAAGUAGAUUUUGAAGAGGAAAUUAAGAAGAGAUUUAAAAUGGUGUAUGUGCCAAACUGGUUCUCAGUAGACUUGAAAACUGGGAUGCUGACAAUUACUUUGGAUGAAAGUGACUGCUUUGCAGCUUGGGUUUCAGCAAAAGAUGCUGGGUUCAGCAGUCCAGAUGGUUCCGAUCCGAAAUUGAACCUUGGAGGGCUUCUAUUGCAAGCGCUUCUGGAGUACUGGCCUAGAACACACAUCAAUCCAAUGGAUGAAGAAGAAAAUGAAAUAAAUCAUACAGUGAAUGGUGAGCAGGAAAACAGAGUCCAGAAAGGAAAUGGAUAUUUUCAAGUACCACCACAUACACCAGUUAUAUUUGGCGAGGCUGGAGGACGCACGUUGUUCAGGUUACUGUGUCGGGAUUCAGGUGGUGAAACGGAGUCUAUGCUUCUGAAUGAGACUGUGCCACAAUGGGUGAUUGACAUCACUGUGGAUAAAAAUAUGCCCAAAUUCAAUAAGAUUCCCUUCUACCUCCAACCUCAUUCGUCUUCAGGGGCAAAAACUCUAAAAAAAGACCGGCUGUCAGCAAGUGAUAUGCUUCAGGUGAGAAAAGUGAUGGAGCACGUGUAUGAGAAGAUCAUAAACUUGGAUAAUGAGUCUCAGACAACUAGUUCUUCUAAUAAUGAGAAAGCAGGAGAACAAGAAAAAGAGGAGGACAUCGCUGUGCUUGCAGAGGAGAAAAUUGAACUUCUUUGCCAGGACCAGGUUUUGGAUCCGAAUAUGGACCUUCGGACUGUAAAGCACUUCAUCUGGAAGAGUGGUGGUGAUCUGACGCUUCAUUAUCGCCAGAAAUCGACGUGAAGGGGAGCAGUGGACUUACAUGGUUACUCAUUGACUUGACCAUAAUGUACUGGUUCCAAGAGUAGUGCUAUAGAAGCCCACUGAACCCCUAAGGUAGAUGAGACUUCUAAUGACUCAGUAUGGAUGGAAAGUAUGCAUUUAAUUGAAGUGACUAAUAGAUCUGUAAUAUAGAGGAAAAAAAACCUGUAUGAUUUAAACUAAAAUCUGUCCUAGUCUCAGUCACUGAGAUGGGAGGUCCCUGAGUGGUUGACAUUGUUGAGGUGUACAGGGAAUGGAUGAUAAUCCAGUGCAGACUUUUGCUUCCUCCUUUUUUGCUGUAUUUUUUUUUUU